UGGCAGCCUCAUUGUGAACAAAGAUUUCAGCGGCCUAUUUGAUUGGAAUCGCAGGAGCAUACUUCGUUCAAUGAUACUUUCUUGAGAUUGUUGUAAGAAAUUCGCCGGAUAUACCUGCAAAAAAGUGUUAGAAAAUAAUAUAGCUCGAGUCGCGUAAACGCUGUCCUCAAGAAAGUAUUUCCGACUAGCGAAAAUCUUUCCCCAAGAUAAAACGAGCUCUUCGGCGUAAGCCGGUAACAGAACAACGAGAGUAAAAAAUUACUAAUCCAACAGAGUAAAAAGAAGGGAUGUUUUAGCUCAAAAAUAAUGUUUUUUUUCCACACCCACUAGCCUGGUCGAACACACACAUAUAUAUACUUAAAAACUCUAGCAAAAGAAAGCUAGAAGCGUUCAUUGCCAACAGAUGAGUAAAAAUUACUCCGCAUCAUUUGAUGCUAAUGGUUUUAUUAGUAAAUAACAUUAUUACAAUAAUAAAUGUAAUUAAUAAUGACAUCAAUAAUAAAGUCUCUCAAACGUUGGUUAGCAACGUUUAAAAAAUAAAGAGCUGCAACGGUUUCAAAAGAGCUUCAAUGUGAAACUUUAUUAAUUCAUUUAAACAAUACAACACAAAAAUAUUAGAUAAUAGAGAUAAUAAUUUUGUAUAUUUUAUUCAUUUGAAAUAUUCCCAAAUUUCCAACAUCAAAUGCAUAUCAAGUCGAACAUAAGCCUUGUUUAUAAAACUUGUCGAACUUCAAACUCACACCCAAGCACCACUAUUACCAAAUCGAGCCAAACUCAAGCAUAUGGUGCCCGAGCUCGCCUCGACUCGUUACUGUCAUAGUCUUUAAUCUAGUGCAUGUUUGGUAGACACCCAUCCAUAUUCCAUACCUUAUAACUUUUGUACUAUUCAAAAGUGUAAAAAUUUUUAGUUGGAUAUUUGACACGACUACAAUUGAAUGUUUAUACUCAGUAUCUUUUUUUGAGAAUUUACACUGAAUUCUUUUGAGAAGAAAGUCUGUAACUCUUAACAUUAAUUAAUCAUAACAAGUUGUCAUAUUAAUUAAAAUUAAAUCAAAUAGUCACUUUUUUAUUUAACAGUUGUAAUCUUUUCAUUUCAAUUUUUUUCAAUUACUAAGAUGACCCUAAACUAUUAGCGAGUAUCUACUUGGAUAGUUGGAUACCUCUAAUUUCGGAUAAGUCAAUAACCCCGUAAGGUUGAAUUUCGGAUAGCAGUAAACCCGGUCUUCAAAGCUGAAUCGCUGCCGCUGAUCAGUUCAAUUCAUCAACGGCUGUCAGCUGCGAAACCUCGAUCCGUGUCAUACCCAGACAACCAAUCACAGCACUCUCAUAAAUCCUAUAUAAACAAACCCUGGUCUUGUGAUUCUCAUCAUCUGAAAAUUCGUCCCUUUCACCUAACUCAAUCUUUCGAUCAUCUUCUCCUUUUCUGUAUCCUUGCUUGAACAGAUGGCCCCUAAGGCAGACAAGAAGCCCGCGGCGGAGAAGACUCCAGCUGCCGAGAAACCUGCGGCGGAGAAGAAGCCUAAGGCCGGGAAGAAGCUCCCCAAAGAGGGCGGAGCCGCUGCUGCCGGAGAUAAGAAGAAGAAGAGGGUGAAGAAGUCGGUGGAGACGUACAAGAUCUACAUCUUCAAGGUGCUGAAGCAAGUGCAUCCUGACAUCGGUAUCUCCAGCAAAGCCAUGGGAAUCAUGAACAGCUUCAUCAACGACAUCUUCGAAAAGCUUGCGCAAGAGUCAUCUCGCCUGGCCCGCUACAACAAGAAGCCUACCAUCACUUCCCGCGAGAUCCAGACAGCCGUGAGAUUGGUUCUUCCCGGUGAAUUGGCCAAGCACGCUGUCUCUGAAGGCACCAAGGCCGUCACCAAAUUCACAAGCUCUUGAAUACUUCAACUUUGCUCUGGAUUUUGAGAAUUUCUGAAUUAGGGCUAGUUGUUGUAAAGUAGCUUGAAUUUGGUUUAAAUUUCCAACUCACUGUAAUCUUCUCCGUAUAUCAAUGAAUCCAUCAGCAUUUCCAAUUAUAAUGUCAAUUUCCGCAUUGUUUUUCGUGCGGACUCUAAUAAAUUGUAAUUCUCUUGAUAUUGUCG